AUGUUAAUGCUGUUUCUUAGCUAUUACCGGAAAUCAUUUACAUUAAUACUACAGGCGUUGGAUAUGUACAACACAUCGUAUCCAGACUCCGAAAGGUUAAUUGAAGAAACAUCAUUUUCAAGCGUGAUUCUACCAUCACCCGAAUGGAAAACAUUGGAUCAUAUUGGUCGCAAUGCUCGCAUUACAUAUCGUGUCAGAGUUCAAUGUGCAGCUACUUAUUAUAAUACAACAUGUACAACGUUUUGUCGUCCCCGCAACGAUCAAUUUGGUCAUUACAACUGUGGGCCACAGGGUGAAAAGAUCUGUCUAAAUGGCUGGAUGGGUGAUAAUUGUGAAAAGGCCAUUUGUAAGCCCGGCUGUGAUCCCAUCCAUGGCAAAUGUGAUAAACCUGGUGAAUGCGAGUAAGUACAAUAAUUUGCUUUUUUUAAUGUUUUUAUAUUAUAAUAAUAUUCUUUUUAUUUAAUAUUUAUAAUUACUAUGUAGUACAGUUUUAAAAGCUCUUACAGUUAUGACAGUUUGUUGUAUUAAGGAAAUUUGCUUUUAGAAAAGAAAUUAUUGCAAAAAGUGCCAAGCAAGAAAAAAGUUGUAGCUUUAGCUGUUGUUUUUAAAAAAGGGCAAAUGUUAUUGUUAAUGUGGUUUUGUUUU